AUGGCACUGCAAAAACGCAAAAUGUUAGCUUACGUUGUUAAACUUUCGAUAAAACCACCGAACCAAACUUAUAAGUCUUGCGUUUCCUUACUUGAUACAAAGUAUAAAACACUAAACGUCUUGCAACAAAUGUCUUUCUUACUCUCGGAACUCUUCCGCGCCUCUUCCGCGAACGCUCGGACAAAUUUACUCGAGCAAGCCUGCCUACGAAAACAAGCUCAGCAGCCUAUGUUGACACUCGGGGUAACCUUUGUUUCUUGGUCACGACUCAAAAACGGUCAACGACUUUUUCCCCAACGGCGGAAACUGCAGCCUUGCGAAGCAAAACUGCGUGUAUUAUAA